AAUUUCUGACGAUUUCGAUCUUGCGCCGAUCUUUCUCAUGUCUUGAUUUGUGCUUUUAUUUUUUAACGUCGACUUAUUAUAUAAAUAGUUACUUAUUGCUUAUGUUAAAAUUCGUUUUAUAAAAUCUAAAUAGAACUCAUUCAAAAUGCCUGUGGAUCAAAUACAAUACUCCGAAAGGUACAGCGAUGACAUCUAUGAAUACAGGCAUGUUAUUCUGCCUCCUGACAUCGCUCGCCUAGUUCCCAAGUCGCAUCUAAUGACAGAGACAGAAUGGCGGAAUCUGGGUGUCCAGCAGAGCCCUGGCUGGCUCCACUUCAUGGUACACAAUCCCGAACCUCAUGUCCUACUCUUUAGGAGACCUAGAACUGAUAUACCUGCUCCAGUUAACGGGUUAGACUCUAAUACUAGUUCCACAGUAAGAGUAUGAUUAGAAUUUAUUUAUUAUUUAUCAUCCAGUCUCAAUGCUUUGUCAUUUAAGCAUUUUUUGUUAUAAUUGUAAACAUGCUUUACUUUGUCCUACUUUGCAAAGUUAUAAAUCCAAUAUUUUGUACAGAUAAAUUGUCCUUCUCCUUCACACUAAAUGAAUAUUCUGAUUAGUUGAAAUUUGGAAUAUAAUUUGACAUACAUCUCUCAUGUAUAAAAAAAUAAAUGUUAACAAGUCGUCAGUGGGAAAGAUCAUACGGAUAUAGUUGAGUUACAAAGCAAAUGGGUAAAUGUACCAUAAUAAUGGUUUUCACACUUCCAUUAUCUGUGAAAAUUAUCGGAUUUAUUUCUAGAAGUUUUGAAGUACUAAGUAAAAUUACUGGCUAAUUGUAUGAAUAAAUAUUCAUUGUUAUGUUAUGCUGCAUUGAAGCAAUGAAAAUAUUUAUAAAGUUUUGUAUAACGAGAUACACUGUGGAUAUGUUGUAUAUUAUACCUAUUAAUGUAUUGCAAAGACUUUUAAUAACAAGCCUAUUUGAUUGCUGUUAAGGCUGAAGGAAAUCAUUGUAUAUAUAAAUUUUAUUUAAACUAACUACAGGUGAAAUUUCUACAAAUCCAUAGAAUUAGUAAGUUGUUGAUUUUUUAAGGAAGA